CGAUCCAAUUAGUGACAUUGACAGGAACUGUACUAUAUUCUUUCAUUCAUUAGUUCUCAAAGCUCCACAACAAUAACAUCUAGUUUCGUCACCUGAGAUAUUGCCCGUCAUUUCUUUUUAGGAUUAGAAAUAACAAGCUGCCAGCAACAGGAGAUCGUAGAUAAAACCGUAAGGAGCAUAAUUGAAUCCAAGCUCAAUCCCUAAUCACGUGUGCUACGCGCAACAACUGCAGACCUAAGCCAUGGAAGUCAACAAGGACGAGGCGAGGCGGUGCAUCGACAUCGCAUUGACGGCCUUCAAGGCGGGCAAUAUGGAGAAGGCUCAGAAGUUCGCAGAGAAAUCUCGACGAUUGUAUCCACUCAAGGAGGCUGAUGAUUUGCUGCGAAUCGUUCGAAAUUUUGCGUCCUCAAGUACCAGAUCUAAACCAACCACACCGACUUCGGGUGAAGAUGGCACCCGUCGGCGAGAGACAGACAAGGAGAAACCAAAGGAACCGAAACUCAAUGUAGACUACACCCAAGAACAGCUGGACGCGGUCAAGCGGAUCAAGAAAUGCAAAGACUUCUACGAAGUUCUGGGGGUUACGAAGGAGUCUACCGACUCGGAGAUUAAGAAAGCGUACAAGAAAUUGGCGCUGCAGCUACACCCAGAUAAGAACAAAGCUCCUGGCUCGGUUGAAGCGUUCAAAGCACUCGGCAAUGCCGCUGCCAUUCUCACAGAUGUUCAGAAACGCAAGGAGUACGACUUGUACGGCAGUCAGGAAAGCUCAAGCAACCGUAACUCCAACUUCUCCACCAAUGGAGGGUUCAACCAGCAUGAGUACAGCUUCGGCCGAAGCUUCGAGGCGGACAUCAAUCCGAACGAUCUGUUCAACAUAUUCUUCGGCGGUGGAUUUCCGCCUCAGCAAGCUCGAGGACGAAAUCGUUGGCAAUCACAGGAAUCGCACUCCGGCAGCCAGCCGAGUCUAAUCUUCGGACUGGUUCUCAUCUUCAUCGUGGUUUCGAUGCUGUCGACUUUCUUCGCCUCGGAUCCACACUACAGCCUUCAACAAACUCCCAAAUAUUUCGUAGAACGUCGUACCCUAAACUUCAAAAUCCCAUACUACGUAAAGGAAUCGUUCGUCACCGAGUACCAGGGUUCACUCAGCCGGCUGGAGCACUCCGUCGAAGAGGAAUACAUCCUGUACAUGAAGCGCAAUUGCUACAACGAACGCAACUACCGGGACUCCAUGAUGGCCCGGGCCAAGAACUUUGGCAGCCGAACGCAACUCAACCAAGCCCAGCAGCUGAAGAUGCCUUCGUGUGAUGCCCUGUACAAGCUGGGCAUUGGAAGGGUUAACUACUAAGGACGGGGGGUUUGGUUUUCACGGUUGCGAUUUUCCUAUAUUAGAAGCAUUAUUUAUUUCAUAAUACAAACAGAUGCGAUAAUGAUCGGCUCCACUGCUAUUUCUAGGAUGUAUGUGCUGUGCAAUGCCAAAGGACUCAUAUCGUGUUUUAAAAAAAUAAUUGUGGGAAUAAAGAGGUUUUAAUUAGUGGAUAACGAAACCAUCAGCACGUUUCACGUCGGUACGAUUCACUAGGUAUUUAUUCAACAUUCCUUUGCUAGAUCUGUGCAUAAGAGUAGUUUUAUGAACAAGCUUUAAUAAAGGUAUUUCCUAGUUUGAAAGCAAAA